AUGCCCUCUCAGACACCCUGCUUGUGGCCCCACCCCUCCCUCCCCAGGUUCCAUGCGUUUGCAACAGCACCCCAGCAGACCCAGGUCGUGAAGCGCACGGGGGGGAAGCGCGACUGGUUCCAUGCAUUCGCCACAGCCCCCCAGCAGACCCAGGUCGUGAAGCGCACGCGAGGCAAGCGCGACUGGUGGGUGGGGGCGGGCGGGGGGGGGCCGUUCAUCUACACGCCCUUCACCACGCGGGCAGCCAACGUGAAACCCGACAUGGUGUGGAUCGUGGGGGAGGUGGCUCAAGUCAUCAUCGAGCUCUCCAACCCCUGCGCCUGCGCUGUCGACAUCGAAUCCAUCUAUCUGAAUGUCGACGGGGAUUUCCAGCCCUUCCCCGCGUCGCUCUCUCUUCGCCCCAAUACCUACUCUCACCUGCUCACGCUCUCUGGCUUGCCGAGGUCGCCGGGGGUGAUCACUGUCCUGGGCUGUUUCCUGCAGUCGUUUGGGGUGCUUACGGACCAUCGAUUCGCCGACACGACAAUCACGACCGUUGCUGCGGCGGCUGGGAGCGCAGGAUCGGGAGCAGGGCUGCCGUUGAUUCCAGGCGUGGGAUUGGUGGACCCCUUUUCGCCUGCAGCUGCUGCGUCUGUGGCUGCAAAUUCCGCUGCAGCAGCUGCUACAGCCACUCCUCUAUCCGCCCCCACUAUCUCUGCUACCUCCUCUCUCUCUGCAGCCGCAGCGAGUGUCGACACUGCGGUUAAGAGCGGUGCCAGCGCCGGGCGGGGAUUCUUGGCCUCUUCUCCCAUCCCGUCCACCUCGGUCCUGCCCGUGCUUGAUAUUUCCGUGCUGCCCGAGCUUCCGCUAUUGGUCGCAACGGCGGAGGACGGAGACGGGGCAGCUGCAGUUCUUUUCGACGGGGAGGUCCGGGAAAUUUCGGUCAAGCUGGUAAAUUCCAGCCGGGUGCCCGUAGUAGACGCAUUUGUUUCCGUUGCGGGCAGGCAGAAGCGGCACCUGAUUGUUCUCGGGCAGGAAAAACUUGCAGCAUCGCUGCCCCUGCUUCCGGGAGCCGCAGUCACCCUGCCCGUAAAAAUUGUUGCACAAUUUCAACCAGAGAGUUCAGAGGACGACGAAGAUGAUGUGGGAGGGGGGGAGGGCGGAGGGGGGGCAGAGCAGAGCACGAGCAGCAAGGAGGAAGAUACAGUGAACCUGGUCGUGCAUUACGCAGGGCCAGACAAAGACCCUGAGAGUGAUCCCGGCACCCCAGCAGCAACCACCCCUGCCUCCAAAUCCGCAGCUACCAGCAAGGAGAAGGAGAGGGAGAGGAAGGACGAUGCAGUGCCGGGGCGGCGGCUCUCCUUCCCCAUCAACCUCUGUGUGCGCCGCGGGCUCUCCCUCGUGCGCGCUCGCCUGCUCGUCACGGGGGGCGUCACUCCCGCCGUGCAGUCCGAUGGGGGAAUCGCCAGCACCAGUGCUGCUGCUGGUGCUGCCAACCUUGCUGCGUCCGCACGUGGGGGUGGGGCUGGGGCAGGCUUGACGUGGGGCUCCCAGGAGAAAGCGGGAGGAGCGGGGGGGGGAGGAGGGGCGGGAGUGAGAAAGGGAGUGGGGGAGAUGGAGGUGCCGGUGAGACAGGCCAAGGGGCUGAGGCUGCUGGACCUGGAGGUGUGGAACGGCACUGACUCUGCCUUUGACGUCUCCGUUCUCGUUGACCCGCCCACCCCCAACGACCAACCCAGCACCACUGCUGCUGGCACCACUGCUGCUGCUACCACUGGUGCUGCCGCCACUGGACCAAAAAACGCAGCGCUAGCAGCAUCGGCAUCAUCAGGGUCUCUGCUGGCAGCCAGUCUGCUCCCCCCAGCGUCCAACCUGCAGGCCUCUCUGGAAGAGGCCUCCCUCCUCGCGUCAGGCGGCUCUGUCUCGCACGCCCGCAUCGGACGAGACUGCGCCGCCCGCCUGCUCAUCCCGCUCGGCGGAUUCGAUUCCCUCCUGGGCUCUGAAGCAGAGGCCGCCCUGGCAGUGCUGCACCACGAGGAGCAGACGGGUGGCGACACCACCGUGCGCCGCCAGCUGGCAUUAGGCCUCGGACCAAUCCCGUCGCCGUUCACGACGAUCAUCAAUGCGAUUUGCUCGCGCGUGAAGGUGCGGUGGCUGUCUGCUAGGAACUGCCGAGGGGAGGUGCGGAUCAGGGAGGCAGUGAGGGCGGUGGUGGAGAGUCAGGCCGUGGCUGUGCUGCUGCCUGAUCCUCUGGCGUUUUCUUUCCGUGUCACUGCUCCUUCUCUCACUGCUGCUGCGUCUGGUGCUGCUGUGGGUGCUGGGGGUGCUGGGAGUGGUGGCAGUGAGCGGAGGGAAACGGCAGGGCUGGCGGGUGGUGAUGGUGGUGCUGUGAGGGAUGGAGAGAGUGGGGGAGGAGGGGCUGUGAAUGCUGAUGGGGCAGCAGCAGGAGGGAGUGGGGGAGGGGCGGGGUUCAGUGUGACAAGUGCGUUGGAGUUCACAACAGUGGAGCUGACAGUGACCAAUCAGAGCAAGGGCAAGCUGGCCGUGAGUGUCAGCGUGACGUGUCGCGACGUGACUGGCGAGACGUGCGUGGGGGAGGCCACUCAGAAGCAGCACGUCAUGUGGGCAGGCACACUGAACGGCAUCGACGCGACGCUUGACCCCGGCCAGUCGCUGCACCACAAGCUGAGCCUGUGCUUCCUUGUACCCGGCGAGUACACGCUCUUCGCAGCAGCGGUGGUGGACAACCAGGGCCCCUCGCCCACCUCGCUGCUCGCCUCACACGCACAGCUGGCAGGGCGGCCAGGGCACACGCAGAACCCCAACCCCUGGUGGGCCGUGCUGGAUGCGAGCAGGCGCCCUCAGACCAUCUGCUGCACCAGCCUGCCGCAUGCCAUCACUGUGCUCGGCGCUGCAUAG